AUGAACACCUUAACUUCAACAUAUUUCUGCAACUAUCAAGUUUCAAGAUUUCCUUCUAGCAUUUCGAACCAAAGGAACAUAUCAGCAUUUAACACUUCAUUUCCUAACAAAAUCUGCUUCAAAGUCUAUGCCAAUGCCAAUGCCAACACCAAUGAGUUAGAAGCAGAACCGAAACAAGAACUAGAAGCUCAGCCAAAGGAAGCAAUCAAGUCUUCUUCUAAAUCAGCUACUGCUCCACUUGAUCAGGACCUCAAAAAGGUGGUUCAAAAGACUGCUGCAACAUUUGCACCAAGGGCUUCCACAGCAAGCAAAAACCCUGCGGUGCCUGGUUCCGUAUUGUACACUGUUUUCGAGGUUCAAGCUUAUGCAUGCAUGCUCUUAGGUGGAGUUCUGUCUUUCAAUCUCAUAUUCCCUUCAAAUGAACCAGAUCUUUGGAGAUUAAUGGGAAUGUGGUCCAUUUGGAUGUUUACAAUUCCUUCACUUCGUGCGAGAGAUUGCUCGAAAAAUGAGAAGGAAGCUUUGAACUAUCUAUUUCUCCUGGUUCCAUUGCUCAAUGUGACAAUCCCAUUUUUCGUGAAGUCAUUUGCAGUUGUUUGGUCUGCUGAUACUGUGGCAUUCUUUGCCAUGUAUGCAUGGAAGUUGGGGUGGUUACAAAGCGAAGACUAGAAAUCCACAUUACUUGCUUUCUUCAGAGAACAUAGGUAUGUAGCCAUAUAUGAAGUUUCUGAAUGGCCCCUAGUACAAGGAAACAUUGUACAUGUUGAGAACACACAGGUGCAUUCCCCGCUUGCAGCGAUGAUGGCAGA